UCGAGUUGUAUAAAACUCUCUCAAAUGGCGCGUGACAGUUAUAUUCCCUUUAAAUAAAUUAAUUAUUCUUUACGUCUCAUUUUAUGGGGCAUCAUUUCAGUAUAUCAAAAUUUAAGAAGGAACAACGAUUCUUGAAAUAUGUGAUUUAUAAUAAGUCUUAGCUCGAUAUGUGUAUGGUUGUAAAUUAUUUUGUAAAAGAUUAAUUCUUGAAAGGUGGUAUUUUUUUUUAGGAUAUAUUAAAAAUGAGAUAAGUGUGUCACGUAAAAUGAGACGGAGGGUGUAUUAAAUCUUUCUUUGGAAGCAGAACUAUUAAAAGUCUUUUGCUUCAAUCUUUUGAAUGAUUAAAAAGUUAAAAGGAGGUGCUGUUAUUCUUGCUAUUGCUAAAGCCACCAACUGCUGUGCUAUCAAUUAUUCUAUCUUAAUCUACAUGAAGAUUACAUUUUUGCUUGGCGGAUAGAGUUACGUGGUAUCUUUUGUUGCUGGUGGGAGGUGACAGGUAUUUCGUGGAUUUAGUCGAGGUGAACUUGAAGAUUGUGUUUUUUGUUUGGUGGAUAGAAUUACGUGGUAUCUAUUGGUAUCUAUUGCUGGUGGGAGGCGGAAGGUGUGUUCCUUGGAUUUAGUCGAGGUGGACUCGAAGAUUGUGUUUUUUGCUUGUUGGAUAGAGUUAUUUGGUAUCUGUUGCUGGUGAGAGGUGGUAGAUAUCACGUGGAUUUAGUCGACGUGGACUUGAAGAUUACCUCUUUUGGUUGGUGGAUAGAGUUACUUGAUAUCUGUUGCUGGUGGGAUGCCGGUGGGAGGUGACGGGUAUCCUGUGGAUUUAGUCGAGGUGCACGAAAGUUGGCCCAAACACUUUUGAUCAACUGGUUUUAUGAAUGAAACCAGGUGUUAUAAUGGGGUACUUGUAUGUUGUUUUCCCUGAGAAUUAGUAGUUUUAGUUGAGCAGCUCUAGGGAUUCUGUCGUUUUUCUUGUUUUUGUGGGGGGUUGUUGACGUCGCUGAUAGACACAAAGAUGCAAAGAGUAAGGGUAUCAUCACAUCAAGCUCCAGUGCAAAAGCUGGGAGAUUCACAAAUGACGUUGUCGCCAAAGUUCAGGUUAGCUGCAAAGCAAUCUGACAUAUUUGAUCCAUCAUUUGAGUUAGAAAUGUGGCGAAAAGGAGAACCACUAAUUCCGGGACUGCCAGAUGAUGUUGCUCUCAAUUGCCUCCUUAGGAUACCCGUUGAUAACCACAUGAACUGCCGGGUUGUCUGUAAGCGAUGGUAUUCACUUUUUGGCACUAAAGAUAGAUUCUUUUGUCGAAGGAAAGAGCUUGGAUUUCAUGAUCCUUGGGUUUUUGUAUUUGCGUUCCAUAAAAGUAGUGGGAAAAUACAGUGGAAAGUUUUCGAUCUAAAAAACUUUUCUUGGCAUAGUAUCCCUGCGAUGCCGUGCAAGGAGAAAGUGUGCCCUCAUGGAUUCAGGUGUAUCUGCUUUCCGCAUGAGGGUGUUCUCUAUGUUUGCGGUGGGGUAGCCUCUGAUGUUGAUUGCCCCCUUAAUUUGGUGGUUAAAUAUGAAGUCCGGAGAAAUCGUUGGACUGUUAUGAAGAAGAUGAUCACAGCUAGGUCCUUUUUUGCCAGUGGAGUUAUCGAUGGGAUGAUUUACGUUGCUGGAGGGAACAGCACGCAUCUUUUUGAGCUGGACUCCGCUGAAGUCUUGGAUCCUAAUAAAGGGAUUUGGUGUCCUGUUGCAAAUAUGGGAACGAAUAUGGCCUCGUAUGAUUCUGCUGUUCUUAAUGGAAAGCUUUUAGUAACAGAAGGCUGGUUUUGGCCAUUUUACGUUGUGCCUAGGGGCCAAAUUUAUGACCCUCAAACGGAUAAUUGGGAGAACAUGGCUUCUGGACUUCGAGAAGGUUGGACUGGUUCUAGCGUAGUGCUAUAUGGGCGAUUGUUUGUAGUUUCGGAACACGAACGCACAAGACUUAAGGUUUAUGAUCCGGAAACUGAUUCCUGGGACACUGUUGAAGGACUUCCACUGCCAGAGCAGAUAUGUAAACCUUUCUCUGUGGAUUGCUGUGACAACCGGAUUGUUGUCGUAGGUCGAAAUCUUCAUGUUGCUGUAGGACAUAUCAAGAGCCUGCCGCAUCCAUCUAGCAAACGCUGCGUAUUCGCUGUUAACUGGCAAGUGGUAGAUGCUCCUGAAUCGCUCUCCGACUUCACUCCAUCUAGUGCACAGGUUCUAUUUGCUUAGUUUCCUAGUUUUCUUUGCAAUUACACAGGAUUGCCAAAACUGUCUGUGGAAUACCUUGUGUUUUUGUAUUUCCAUCAAAGGUCAAGUACUUUCUUGUUGGUUUUCCUCAGUUUCUACUGUAUUAAUUAGCUCUAAUAUAGAAAAAAAAACCUUCACCAUUUGGCUCUCUUGAUUCUUAUAAUGUACUUCUUGAUUAAUGCUAUUUGAUAUCUAGUAUAUUUAUGUUUGCGAGGA